AUGGCUCGUAGCGGCAACGAGGGCAGAUCGCGUCGCUCAGACGGCUUCUCCCGUCGCCGCCGACGCUCAGACAGCGACGACAACGCCGAAUCUGCUCCUCCAAACGCCGAUGAUGGCUCUGACAUUGAGAUUAUUACCGACUUUCGCUCCAAGCGCGAGCUAGAAGCUACCGAAGACGAGUCCAAGCUCUCACCCGACGAACGUGAGCGACUGCGCGACCGCGAGGAACGCGACGCCUUCGCUGAGCGCCUACGUCAGCGCGAUGAGGAACGCACUAAACAUAAACGCAAAGCUGAGGAGAUCGAGGGCCGCAAAGGGCUCACAAGCGACGAGAUCAAGCAGCUCGCCAAGCGCGGGACACUUGACGCCGCACAGAGCGAACGAUUGAACCAAUUGAGGGAACUGAGCCGACAAGAGUACCUUAAAAAGAGGGAAGAGAAAGAGUUAGAGCUCCUAGAAUUCCAAUUACGAGACGAAGACGUGCUGUUCCAAGAGACGAAAAGGUCCAAAAAGGAACAGCAGCAACUGGAACUUAACCAGAGAAUUCUAGAGACCGCUAAAGCUAGAUCUAGAAAAGAAGAAGUAGACGGCUAUCAGAUUCCAGAUUCCUACGAAGAAGUGGACGACGAAGGGAAUCGAAUUCGGAAGAAACAGGACCUUUUAACCGACAGAUACGAAGAGGAAGAAGUGCUUCAUACGGAGCAGGAAGUAUGGGAGGAAACGCAAGUGAAGAUGGCUACAAGCAGGUUCGGAGCUAAGGAUAAACACCGAGAGACUCAGGAAGAAGACGAGCUCGUAUUCGACGACCAGAUUGACUUCAUCUCGCAGCAAAUGCUGUCUGGUCAUCACGUGAGUGACGAAGACGUUAAGGAGGCGAGGAAGAAGAUGGAGCAAGUCAAACAUUUGAGUAUGCAAGAAGGAAGGAAGCAGCUGCCAGUGUAUCCAUAUCGAGAGUCGCUGUUAGAGGCCAUCCGGAAUUACCCGGUUAUUAUCAUUGAAGGAGAGACCGGAUCGGGGAAAACGACGCAGAUCCCGCAGUAUUUACAUGAAGUUGGGUACUCGGAACUCGGUAAAAUCGGCUGUACGCAGCCAAGACGAGUAGCGGCGAUGAGUGUGGCAGCUCGAGUGGCUCAGGAGAUGGACGUGAAAUUGGGCAACGAAGUGGGUUACUCGAUCCGUUUUGAGGAUUGUACGAGUGACAAGACAGUGAUCAAGUACAUGACGGAUGGUAUGCUACUGCGUGAGUUCUUAACCGAGCCAGAUCUGAAAUCCUACAGCGUUAUGAUCAUUGAUGAGGCGCACGAACGCACGCUCAGUACCGACAUUUUGUUCGGGCUGAUUAAGGAUAUCGCUCGGUUCCGGGACGAUAUCAAGAUCAUUGUGGCUAGUGCCACACUGGACGCCACCAAAUUCAGCGCGUACUUUGACGAUGCGCCGAUUUUCAAGAUCCCUGGACGGAUGUUCCCCGUGGAUAUUCUGUACACGAAAGCCCCCGAGGCGGAUUAUCUGGAUGCUGCUAUCGUUACAGUGCUGCAGAUCCACAUUACCCAGCCACUUGGAGACAUUCUCGUGUUCUUUACUGGCCAAGAAGAGAUUGAAGCGGCAGAAGAGAUCUUGCUACAACGAACGCGAGGUCUUGGCUCUCGAAUACGCGAGCUACUGAUCCGACCGAUCUAUGCGACGUUGCCUUCGGAACGUCAAGCUCAAGUGUUUGAACCAACGCCAGAGGGAGCUCGGAAAGUGGUUUUAAGUACGAAUAUCGCCGAGACUUCGCUGACUAUCGCUGGUAUCUGCUACGUGAUCGACACGGGCUUCUGUAAGCAGACGAACUACAACGCACAGACCGGAAUGGAGUCGCUAUUAGUGGCGCCAGUCUCACAAGCCAUGGCCAAUCAGCGUGCUGGACGAGCUGGUCGUACAGCUCCAGGCAAGUGCUUCCGUCUGUACACUGCCUGGUCGUACAAGAACGAGCUGGACGAGAACACUGUGCCUGAAAUCCAGCGUACAAAUCUCGCUAGUGUGGUGCUGCUCAUGAAGUCGCUAGGAAUCAACGAUCUGCUGCACUUCGACUUUAUGGAUCCACCGCCAGAGAAGGCGCUGAUCCGCUCUCUCGAACAGCUUUACGCUCUUGGUGCAUUGAAUGGGUUGGGUGAACUAACGAAGCUUGGACGUCGUAUGGCGGAGUUCCCGCUGGAUCCCAUGAUGUCCAAGGCGCUACUUGCUUCGGAGAAGUUUGGCUGCGUUGAAGAAGUCAUGACGGUCUGUGCCAUGUUAAGUGUGAACAAUUCGAUCUUCUAUCGACCCAAGGACAAGGCGGUGCAUGCUGAUAAUGCGCGUGUCAACUUCGCGCGAGGUGGCGGUGGAGACCACAUCACACUGAUGAACGUCUACAACCAGUGGGUGGAGACCAACUACUCCACUCAAUGGACGUACGAGAACUUUGUGAUCAUGCGAUCGUUAAAGACUGCGCGUGAUGUUCGAGAACAGCUGGAAGGGCUUUGUGACCGUGUGGAGCUCGAGCGGACUAGCAACCGGAGCGACCACGAGCCGAUCCGGAAGGCUAUUUGUGCUGGUUACUUUUAUAACACUGCCAAACUGGAUAACUCGGGACAUUACAAGACCGUGAAGAAGGCGCAAUCUGUUCACAUCCACCCAAGCUCGUGUCUGAUUAAACUUGAGGAAGUCCCGCGAUGGGUGGUGUACCACGAACUGGCCUUCACGACCAAGGAAUAUAUGCGGAAUGUGAUCCCCAUUAAGUCCGACUGGCUCAUGGAACUCGCACCGCAUUAUUAUAAAACCAAGGAAGUCGAGGACGCACGCGCUAAGAAGAUGCCCAAGGCGGUCGGUAGAGCAGGCUAA